AUUAGGAUUCAUGUCGCAAUGGAGCGCGAUAGCAAAUCGGUAUGCAGCCUUGUGUCCUCCUGGUUGGCCCUGGCCAUCAGCAGCCCAUCGGAUGCCUUUUAAUAGUCCAACCAAUGAUAGUACGGGGAAUGCAUUGGAGAACCAAUCUCCUUCUUUGACUCCACCGCAAUCACAACAGUCCAAAACUCCUCCACCACAUCCGGCAUACAUAGGAGCAGUGAGCGGCAGUGUAAGUCGAUUGAAUAGUAAUAAUACCGUCGGAACGAUAGGCAAUUCUCACAAUGGUGUUGGAUCUACUGGGAGUAGCCUAGGUGGUUGUAGCAGUAGCACUGGUGGUGAUGAUUGUGAAUCCGAUGACGACGGUCAAGAGAUUAUCGAAGAGGAAGAUGACGGUAGCGAUAGGCCUUCGGAUUGUGCCUCUCCAAAUUCGAACAGUGCAAUGCAAGCUAAACGGAAAAAGAAGACUCGGACGGUAUUCUCCCGCGCACAGGUAUUCCAACUAGAAUCGACGUUUGACUUGAAAAGGUACCUAAGCUCGUCGGAGCGCGCUGGAUUGGCAGCAUCUCUUCGUUUGACAGAGACGCAAGUAAAAAUCUGGUUUCAAAAUCGUCGUAAUAAAUGGAAGCGGCAAUUGGCGGCUGAACUGGAAGCUGCAAAUAUGGCGAAUAUGGCGCAUGCGGCGCAACGACUUGUACGCGUGCCUGUGUUGUACCACGAUGGAUCCGCUGGCGGAUUUGUUCCUCCUCCACCACAUCCGCAUCCACAGCAGUUGUAUUACACAGCAACAGCGGCACGCGGCGGAAGUCCGCCAAGACCAACACUCCCUUCUCUGGUUUAAAAUUGUGUUUCGAACAUCGGAUUUAUCCGUUGCCUACUCAGCAGGAGCGGCUUCUGCAAUAGUAGUAGUAAUUGUAGUUACGCUAACUGCAGCACCAGUAGUGAGAAGAUACUGAUAACUGCCUCAGCGCCAGCAAUGAAAAGAUACUGAUUGUAUAAAUCAGAAAAGCUCUGAGAAGCAAUUUUAACGUAAUAGUGAAUGAAGAAUCCAACUGAGGUAUUAGAUUUUAGCAGAUUACUGAAUGAUAUCAAUAUGAGUUUUAGUGAAGGAUAUGUAAAUACUGUUGAGCUGUUAUGUUAAUAGAAUGACAAAAUGGGACCGGAUGAUUGUAACAUUGUAAAUUUGAGCUACAUAUAUACAUAUACUCUUUUUAUGGCCCUGUUGUCUACACUCUUAUUUAAAUGACACGUAGUAAGCUACAAUCAACUUCAAUUAGCUAAUGCUCUGAACAAAUAUUAUUAAAUUGUAUAAGAUUAGUUUGUUUUUGAUAUUUUUUUCCCAAACUUUCUAUAACAAAAAUAACUCUUACAAAUACCGACGAACAACGUGGUAACUAUAACCAGAAACCAAUAAAAAUGCAGUGAUUUUACUUUCAAGUGUUAGUGUUAUGCGCAUCAAUGGUAAUAUGCAAAUUGUGCUGUGGAUAUAAAAAGGCUUCCUACGAUUCCUAAUUAGUAUAUCGAAUGAAUGACUUUAUCUUCAGCAGCUCAUCACGUAAUAAAACUAACUCACUAAUCUGUUGCACUGAAAUGCUUCUCAUAUCUAUGUAUUAUGUACA